AUUUUCUGCUGUCUCCGAUUACUCAAACAAGGAAGUUCACACGUAACAGUAAGCUGUGCAGUACAUUGAAUAAAAGUUACAAAAAUACAAAGGAAAUAUGACAUCUGAAGCGGUCGCCAGGCGGACGCUGACUCAAGUGGAGGCAGCAUCGUGGAUAGUGCGGUUCAUAUUUAUCGUGGACAUUGUUUCGGGGGUAUUGACCAUCGUCUUCCGUGGGGUGGAUUGGUGGGGAACAGCACUGCUGUGUAACGGGUUUGUGGCACUAGUUCAUCCCCUGCUUCUGUCUUGCUUGUACUCCCAGAAACCAGCAAUCAGCAACAAGCCUUGUCGGAUUUACGGAAGGUUCGUCCUCUACUUUUGGCUCUUCGUAUUGAACUGCGCUUUGACGCCACUAUUUAUCUUCGGGUUCGGCUACAUGGCAGCGUUCUAUAGCUACACCUUCGACUACGACCAACCUGCCGUCACCAUCCUUCUGUAUGUCGUAGGACUUGUUUCGUGUCUUAUGUUGACGGUGGUGAACCUAUACACGUUUUGUAUUCUGCACAAGUACGGCUGUUGCUUCGUGUACAGACUCAGACAGGACGUCGAAGAGGCGGCAGCGACGACGAACAGUGGUAUGGUAGCAACUGCGUCGGUGUAUAUUAACAGCACAGUACCGGAAGCAAGAAGCCCGUGCAAUCCGCCCCCGUAUUCUGUGUCUGUUCAGCCUGAGGUGCACGUGCAGACAUUCGCCGCUGAAAAGCAGUUUGGAAAUAAUUUCUAACGCAUUAAUAGUUUGUGCGGAAUGACAAUUUACACAUGAAUAUGAUUAUGAAUUUAAGCACAACUAUUAUAGGACUGAAAUAUAUUACGAUAUUCGGGUUACUCAUUCCUUGAUUAAAAAGUCGCAACUAUGAGACAUUAUUACAAUUAUAACAUCUCAUUAUAACAAUAUAAAGUGAUAUCAGAGUCUGUUGAGUUGAAUAUCAAAUGAGGUCGUGAUAUUUUAUCUUGUCUAAUGUUAUAUCAUUUCGGAAUACUUCUCUGCAUUUCGGCUAAGGCAACCUGUGUCAUCUAUCCGUAAACCAAUUUUAUGGGAUUGAAGUUUUGUAUCUCUUGUUUUAGAACAGACAUAUGUGCGUUUAAGUUGAAUAGUCUUAAUAGAACUUUUUAUAUCAAAAUCCCAAUGUUCAAGUUUUACCUUGUUAACCGUGAUAUCAUGAAUCUAGCGAUUGUUUGUGGUUGAUCAAUUCAUUUUAAAUCAAUUAUCAAAUCAACUUAUAUAAAUGUGUUAAGUUGU